AUGUCUUCAUCUCCGCCGGAAUUCGGGAGAUCCCGAGGAUCACCAGUUCAAUGUGGAUGGACGAAAGGACACCUGAUUCGUGGAGACACGCUUUCACAAUAUGAUAAUGCCUCCCCCACAAAAAAAAUCCGUCACCGAGCCAAGAACUACCGAGGACAUCUUGAAAUGGAUCGUUCUGGAUUAGUUUGUCAAAAUGGAAAAGAAGUCACCCCCGAUGAACAAGCCGGCUUUCGUCCUGGUCCAUCGGCAACAGACCAGGUAGUUUUUGUGAGGACAGUUAUUGAAGUGUGA